AUGGCUAGUUCGAUAAGAGAAAAUAAAGAGGAUCCCAUGGCCUUUAGAAUUCAAUGCACCAUUGGUACACAUAUGUUUGAAAAAUCUUUAUGUGACCUUGGUGAAAGUAUAAAUCUCAUUCCAUAUGCAAUAUAUAGGAGGCUUGGCUUAGGCAACCCUACUCCAACAAUGAUGAGGCUUUUGAUGGCGAACCGAUCUAUCAAGAGACCGGUUGGGGUCUUGCUUGACGUGUUAGUAAAGGUGGAUAGAUUUAUCCUUUUGGUGGAUUUUGAGGUUAUUGAUUGUGAAAUUGACCAAGAAGUGUCUAUUAUCCUUGAUCAACCUUUCCUUUAUACCGGAAGAGCUAUCAUUGAUUUGUACUUUGGGGAAAUGAAGUUUUGGGUCCAUGAUGGUGAAGUAUCAUUUCGAGUGUGCAAAAUGAAGAAACAACCCAUAGAUCUUCAAAUGGUGUUAGUUAUAGAUAUUGCAGAUGAGGAUGUUAAUGAUAGGUCUCUUGAGGAUCCAACUUAA